GGUCCUCAAUGCGUACCUCCCACCAAUCGGCUGGAACGUCGGCACCGCGAGUUACUCAUUGGCGUCCGAAGAAAGUGCCUGUCUCGACAGCAAAGACUUUACCGUUUCGAAGUCGAAACGUUUAUUCUCUUAAAAAACAUCGCGUACAUGUCCUUCGUAACGGAUUCCAUAAGGUCGGGGUUGCGGUGAAAUUGUGACGAGUUUCAAAUGUUUCGCGGCGUGUUAUUGUUCUUAUGUGCUUUUGGUGAAAGUUUGAAUUUAAGGUGCAGCGAUGAGUGCGAUAGUGAACGCAGCCGCGGACGUGCUGUCUGGAACGGCGAUCGCCGCCGCCACCGGUUCGCAGGUUGCCUGGUUCAUCCCGAUGUUGGUAGCGGCUAUAGCGUACUACCAAUAUGACCAGACGGAUCCUGAGGGUCGGCCGGCGGACAUCGGGGACCAGAUGCUGCCAGAGUACGACUUCAUCAUCGUCGGCGCCGGGUCUGCCGGAGCGGUAGUAGCAAAUAGAUUAUCAGAAAUCGGACAUUGGAAAGUGUUAUUACUAGAAGCUGGCGGCGAUGAGACGGAGAUAUCUGACGUCCCUCUCUUGGCUGGGUAUUUACAACUGAGCAAACUCGACUGGCAAUACAAGACUGAACCGCAAGGGACUAGCUGUUUGGCAAUGGAAGGGGGGCGCUGUAAUUGGCCGCGUGGCAAGGUCCUCGGUGGCAGCUCUGUUCUCAACUACAUGCUUUAUCUACGAGGAAAUAAGAGAGACUAUGACACUUGGGAAGCUCUCGGCAACAAAGGCUGGGGAUACAAAGACGUAUUGUACUAUUUCAAGAAGUCCGAAGACAACCAAAACCCAUACUUAACACAAACUCCUUAUCAUAGUAGUGGAGGAUAUCUGACAAUAGCUGAGGCUCCAUACCACACACCAUUAGUUUCCAGUUUCAUUGAAGCCGGCUUAGAAAUGGGGUACACGAAUAGAGACAUUAAUGGGGAGAACCAGACUGGAUUCAUGGUUGCCCAAGGUACUAUAAGACGAGGCAGCCGUUGUUCCACUUCAAAAGCAUUCCUGCGAUCAGCUAAAGACCGCCAAAAUUUACACAUUGCUAUCCAUGCUCACGUAACAAAAGUAUUGAUUGAUCCUAGAACGAAAAUCGCAUUUGGAGUGGAGUUCAUGCGUAACAAAAUGAUACAUCGUAUUAGGGCAAGGAAAGAAGUGAUAUUAUCCGCUGGAACAAUUAAUUCGGCACAAUUACUGAUGUUAUCUGGCAUUGGGCCUGCGGAAGAACUUGCAAAGCAUCGUAUACCAGUCAUCCAGAAUUUAAAAGUAGGAAGAAAUCUUCAAGAUCAUAUCGGUUUAGGUGGAUUGGCGUUUAUGGUUAACGAUGAAAUAUCGAUAGUAGAACAACGAUUGCACACUGUUAGUACUUUGAUGGAGUACGCCGUGUUGGGGGAAGGUCCUCUGACCAUUAUGGGAGGAGUAGAAGGAUUAGCUUUUGUAAAUACGAAAUAUGUCAAUGCAUCUGACGAUUUUCCCGAUAUAGAGUUUCAUUUUGUAUCUGGUUCUACAAAUUCAGACGGAGGCGAACAAAUACGCAAAGCGCAUGGAUUGAUGGAGACUUUCUACGAUGCUGUAUUCCGUCCAAUCAAUAACAUGGACGUCUGGAGUGUCAUACCCAUGCUACUUCGUCCGAGAAGCAAAGGAUUCAUUCAACUGCGCAGCGCAAACCCUUUCGAUUAUCCAUACAUCUACCCAAAUUAUUUGACAGACGAAAUGGACGUCAAAACAUUGAUCGAAGGAGUCAAAAUCGCUGUAGCUCUUUCGGGUACCAAAGCGUUCCAAAGGCACGGCUCAAUGCUGAACAAACACGUCUUUCCUGCAUGUGUGAGCAAGAAAAGAUAUACAGACGAGUACUGGGAAUGCAUGAUAAAGCAAUACACUUGCACAAUCUACCACCCAGUCGGUACUGCGAAGAUGGGACCAUACUGGGAUCGCGAGGCCGUUGUCGACCCACAGUUAAGAGUGUACGGGGUGAAAGGCCUUAGAGUGAUCGACGGCAGCAUCAUGCCCAACCUAGUCAGCGGUAAUACGAACGCUCCAAUAAUCAUGAUCGGAGAGAAAGGCAGUGACAUGAUUAAAGAAUUCUGGUUGAAGAGACGAAUGUCUAGAUACUACAUCUGAAGUGACGUACAAAUUAACGUGUUUAAAUCAGUAUUAAAUUCCAUUUAUUUGUAUAUAGAUACGUAGUUACGUUUUUAUUUAUUGUAAAUUACAUUUAAUUUAUUAUGAGCACUAUCUGUUACUCAUAAAUUUUCUGUUCAAGAAUUAAUUAUACAAUAAGUAUUAAUAAACAUUAUAAAAUAUCGAAAAGCCGCAGAGCAGUCGCCUUUCUAAAAUCGUUAACACUAAUAGAAAACAAAAAAACCUGUCGUAUCCUAACGAUAGACUUAUCGAUCGGAUAUUUUAAUCCCAUAUAUUUUUGUAUUGGCACUAACGACUGUAGUAUGGCGUCUUGCCCACGGCCCGAGGCGUGCUUAAACAAUGCAUCCUUUACUUAGCAUGCCUUCAAGAUAUGUUUUCUUGAAUCAUUUAUUCAUUCGUCAUUGUGUACAUUAGUAAUCGAAUAUAAAAGUGUCAUAUUAAUUUGCUGGAGGUAGGAUACAUUUUAUAACUGCCCAGAUAGCAACCACGAGACAGACGGUAGUAAAACCCACCAUAGUUGUCAUCGCCAUCGUAAGUGUGUCGCGUUCAGAGAUCAGCCUGUGUAUAUCCAGUUCCAACAGGCCGGCAUAAUUGUAUAGACGGUCGCGGGGUAAUCAUCUCUCGUCAGUCGACAUUCGAUUGGACCCCACUCCACUUACAAUCAUAUGCAGCGAGGUCACUUUGCCAUGCGCGUAUUAAAAAAAAUAUAUCAUCGUCAAUGAAAUAAAUAUAGUGUUAUUAGUACCUUUACCAUGAAUUUGACUGCCUCGGUGGCGUAGUUGUAAUGCAUGUCCGGUACAAUAGCGCUCUGAGGUCCUGGGUUCGAAUCC